AUGAUAGUUGGGAGUCCUUCAGGGGAACCAGACCCAGAGACGUCCAAACCAGCAAAACAACACCACUGCUCCCAGUGUAAUAAGAGUUUUAAGUGGUUAUGGAAGCUGAAAGAGCAUGAUAGAACGCACACAGGAGAAAAGCCCUUCCAAUGCUCCCAGUGUGGAAAGAGUUUUAGAAGGUUAGAACACCUACAAUUACAUGAGAGAACACACACAGGAGAAAAGUCUUACCACUGCUCCCAGUGUGGAAAGAGUUUUAGAAGGUUAGAACACCUAAAAUCACAUGAGAGAACGCACACAGGAGAAAAGUCUUACCACUGCUCCCAGUGUGGAAAGCGUUUUAGAAGGUUAGAACACCUACAAUCACACGAGAGAACACACACAGGAGAAAAGCCAUACCACUGCUCCCAAUGUGGAAAGAGUUUUACCCGGUUAGGGGGCCUGAAAACUCACGAGAGAACACACACAAUAGAGAAGCCUUACCACUGCUCUCAGUGUGAAAGGAGUUUUAAGUGGUUAGGGAAUCUGAAGGAUCAUGAUAAAAUACAUACAGGAGAGAAGCCUCAUCAAUGCUCUCAGUGUGGAAAGAGUUUUAGGUGGAUAGGGAGGCUGAAUGAACAUGAGAGGACACACACAGGAGAAAAGCCCUACCAAUGCUCCCAGUGUGGAAGGAGUUUUAAGUGGUUAGGGAGUCUGAAGGAGCAUAAGAAAAUACACACAGGAGAAAAGUCUUACCACUGCUCCCUGUGUGUAAAGAGUUUUACAGAGUUAUGGAACCUAAAAGAGCAUGAGAGGACACACUCAGGAGAAAAGCCUUUCCAAUGUUCCCAGUGUGGAAAGAGUUUUACCCGUUCAGGGGACCUGAAAAGGCAUGAGAGAACACACACAGGAGAGAAGCCUUUCCAAUGUUCCCAGUGUGGAAAGAGUUUUACCCAACCAUGGCAUCUGAAAGCGCAUGAGAAGACACACACAGGAGCGAAGCCCUACCACUGUUCCCAUUGCACAAAGAGUUUUACCCAGUUAUGGGGCCUGAAAAGGCAUGAGAGAAUACACACAAGAGAAAGCCCUUUCCAAUGUUCCCAGUGUGAAAAGACAUUUUCCCGAUCAGGGGACCUGAAAAGACACAAGAGACUUGAGAAGCUAUGUUCUGUCUCAUGUUCUUGACUGAGAAUUUGUGGUUUUGUUUAUGUUACAUGAAAUUACAUUUUAAAUAAUAGACCUUACUCAAAGAUAAUAAUGUAUUGAAUUUAUAUAGCACCUUUCCACCUACAGCAGAUGUUCAAAGCACUUUACUAAUUAAACAGUAGGUGCUCAAACCAUUACAUUUUAAACAGUUUGGUGUUCAA